GCUAUUGGACGCAUCUGUGUUAUAUAACGGGGCUGAUGAGCUCCGAGUGCUUUGGGCCGGAGGGAGCGACGUGACACCCGUGUUAUGCGGGGACUCGUGUGGGCUCUCCUACUUCCUCCAACCCUCCCGCAUUCCCCUCGCCACCUCUGUCCGUCUCUCCGAAUCCUCGCUCCGUCGCUGGGUGGGGAUUCAGGGACGCCAGCGAGAGGCUUCUUCAAGACCUGUGAACUCACCACCACCACCAACGAGAAAAGCAACCCACACAACAACAAUCAACAACAACAUUCUCAAGUUCCAGCGUAGAACAAGCCUCCAACCCUCAUAACCGCGAGCAACAACUACCACAACACCAACUAUCACCUUCUAUUCUGUGGGUCUUCGUUAAAGCCACGUAGAUCAUCGUCAACAACAGCAUUCUUCAUUUCUAUCCUCGAACAAGCCUCCAUCAAACCACCACCACCAUAACAAAUACCUCAUUCACACCACCACCAUCACCAACAACAACCAAACAACGACCACACAAUUCUGCAAUUCCCAGCGUGGAGAAGGCGUCCACCCACCCACCGCACCACCACCACAAUCACUACCAACAACCAAACAACGACCACACAAUUCUGCAAUUCCCAGCGUGGAGAAGGCGUCCACCCACCCACCCACCGCACCACCAUGAAUCUCUCGGAGGCGCUCUUCCCGAACCCGUUUGUCGGGUCCCCGGGUCCAGACGGCAACGGGACCGCGGUGGCCUCCGCGAACCGCACCCGCUUCAGCCCGUGCCACAACUUCUCCAUCCCCAACGAGGUGUUCCUCACGCUCGGCAUCGUGAGCCUCGUCGAGAACGCGCUCGUCAUCGCAGCCAUCGCGCGCAACCGCAACAUGCACUCGCCCAUGUACUGCUUCAUCUGCAGCCUGGCCGUGGCCGACCUCCUCGUGUGCCUCUCCAACGCGUGGGAGACAAUCGCCAUUGCGCUCGUGCACGGCCGCCACGUGCACAUCCCCGCGCCCAUCCUGCAGCACGUGGACAACGUCUUCGACUCGUUCAUCUGCAUCUCGGUGGUGGCCUCCAUGUGCAACCUGCUCGCCAUCGCCGUCGACCGCUACGUGACCAUCUUCUACGCGCUGCAGUACCACUCGAUCGUGACCAUGCGCCGCGCCGCGGUGGUAAUCGCGUGCGUGUGGGCGGCGUGCGUCGUGAGCGGCACGCUCUUCAUCACCUACUGGGACCACAGGGCGGUCAUCGUGUGUCUCAUCGCGCUCUUCGUCACCAUGCUCGUGCUCAUGGCGUCGCUCUACGCUCACAUGUUCGCGCUGGCGCGCUCGCACGCCCGGCGCAUCUCAGCCCAGCCGCGGAGCUCCCGGCAAGGCCAACAGCACGGCGCCGCCAGCCUCAAAGGCGCCGUGACGCUCAGCAUCCUGCUCGGAGUGUUCGUCUUCUGCUGGGCGCCCUUCUUCCUGCACCUCACCUUCAUCAUCAGCUGUCCCGCCAACCCCUACUGCUGCGCGUACAUCGCCUACUUCCCGCUCUACCUGCUGCUCAUCAUGAUCAACUCCGUCAUCGACCCGCUCAUCUACGCCUUCCGAAGUCCCGAGUUGAGAGUCAUCAUCCGCGACACGCUGCGCAAAUGCGGCCGUGGCCGCGGCGCCAAUGGCACCAGGAGCUCCAGCUGCUGCGUCCAGGUCCGCUGAUGGCGCGACCCGGGCGCGAACCCCACAUUCUGGUCCCCCUACGGGAUGUAAGCUGAGUGGACUUACCCUGGGCAUGGCAGUGGUGUUGGCGGCGGCGACGGCGCGACCUCCGCGAGCCAGCGCCGUGGAGCCAAGGGGUUGGUGGAUCACAUGUAGAGAUUUGGGCUCCGAGGUGGACGGCAGAUGGCAGUACAGCAUGUGUGGUUCGUGAACCCGUUUGUGCGGACCUUUGGGUGUUAGACCCUCACAUGCGAGGUGGGGUUUCUUGGGGUGCUCCGGUUUAUUCCUACGUGAAGCAAACUCACACCUUUAUUUACAAAUUGGUCAAAAAUCUCAAUGUAGCAGGGCCCUCUUUCAAGCAUACUGAGCAUCGGCGAGGCUUUCUUCGAUAAAUGUCGUAGUUAUUGUGCGUAGAACCGGCUCAUGCACGUGGAAACAGAUCGGGGCUGGGAGGCAAUUCCGAUCUCCUUCCCUAUCCCUUCAAGUUUGGGACACGAGAUCAAAGAAGAUCGUCAUUCCUCAAUCAUGGGCCUCCGUUGCUAAUGGCCCCAACCACUUUCGAGUUCCACGCGCCUGGUCCAGUCAUCGCCAUCCUCUGCAACCCCCCCCCCCAUUUACAGGGUAUGAUAAUCAUCAUAAAUCAUUUUAAAUCCCGACAUAUGAAUGUAUUAUAAGGUAAAACGCCCCCAACGCGUUCUAUAACAUUGUUAGGCAGAGGUGGGGAAAUUCCACGGUCUUUUGGCGAGGCCAAGUCUGUCCGUGUUAACGUUACAAUGAUAAGACGUGUUAUAGCAUCUACACAUGUAAAUUCGUUCACCGGGUGCAGGUGAACAGACCUCGUGUCGUGUUGCAUGCAAAGUCCAUGUUUUUGAAAGGAUGCUCGUGUUUUGCUGUUUAUACAAAUUAUGUUUACAAAGCGUCGCGCAACAUCACGAUGUGAAUACAUUGCUGGACAAAGGCCUCCCUGUGCCGUGUCACUCUUGGCGAGUAUUUGACCAUACUUCAUCAACGCUGGCCAGUGCGGGUAAGCGACGAAUGCAGGUGGCCCAGGAGGGGAUCUGAAAUCAAUCGCACACUGAUUUUGACCCUCGGGAGGUAUAGACUUUAAGUGGCAGUUUUCAUAACGCAGUGCGCGGCUGACACAGGACAUGACAUACAUUGUAUUGAGUCUGAAAAUGGUAACGAAUAUAAUUCGCAUAAAAAAUAAACGAGAUACGGAUCAAAUUUUUUUUAAGCUUUCGUGACUGCAGGGAUUCAUAUUCUUGGUUCUUUCGGUAAAGUCACGUA